GCUCCUUUAAAUACGAUGAAGCGCGAGGUUCAGCGUUUUACGACACUUCCCCCCACACACGCUGGUGAGCACCUUUACGGCAGCUUGAUCACACGUGUUGUCGUCGCAUGGGAGCCGCUCGCAGCAGCUAGCACCAAGAACUCACCGAAACCAGGAGCCAGCAUGUCUUUCAGAGGAGGAGGUGGACGAGGUGGUGGAGGAUACAGAGGAGGAGGUGGAGGAGGAUUUAACCGAGGUGGAGGAGGCAGGGGAGGUGGAGGAUACAGAGGAGGAGGUGGAGGAGGGUUUGGACGAGGUGGAGGCAGAGGGGGCUUCAACAGACAGCAGGACUACGGCCCUCCAGAAUAUGUUGUUGCACUGGGCGAGUUCGUGCAUCCAUGUGAAGACGACAUCGUGUGCAAGUGUACGACGGAGGAAAACAAAGUGCCUUACUUCAACGCCCCUGUUUACUUGGAAAACAAAGAGCAGAUCGGGAAGGUGGACGAGAUAUUCGGCCAGCUGCGAGACUUCUACUUUUCAGUCAAACUCUCUGACAACAUGAAGGCGUCCUCCUUUAAGAAGAUGCAGAAGUUCUAUAUCGAUCCAAUGAAGCUCCUCCCACUGCAGAGGUUCCUCCCAAGGCCGCCAGGUGAGAAGGGUCCGCCCAGAGGAGGCCGAGGCGGGAGAGGUGGCGGUCGUGGAGGUGGAUUCCGGGGUGGCAGAGGUGGUGGUGGGCGUGGAGGAGGCUUCGGAGGUGGCGGUCGCGGUGGAUUUGGAGGCGGUCGAGGCGGAGGCGGGCGUGGCGGAGGAGGAGGAUUCCGAGCGAGAGGAGGAGGAGGACGUGGAUUCAGAGGCGGGUAUUGAUCGCACAGCGGGCGUCGCACCGUGUGGUCGUCUCACCGCGUGGGCGUCGCACAGCGGGCGUCUCACAGCGGGCGUCUCACCGCGUGGGCGUCUCACUUCCUGCUCUACAAGGAAAAGGCUCAAACGGCGCUGCUGCUGAACUCAGAACAUGGACGCCGCCUCUUCUUUUUCAGGACUUGAAUGAACUUUAUUGUUUUAUUUUUUUGUACGGGCCUCAAACGUUUUGAUGGAUCUUCAUUGUUUUGAUUUAAAGGUUCAGACAGCGAGGAUCUCGACGUGAACAUGGCGUGCGUCAUUAUCCUUUACCCAAUGUGUGUCGAACUGUUCGGCUGUGACAUUCGUUUGAAUGCAUCACGAUGUAUUCAAUGUCUCGGUUAAAACGAAGACUUUUCUCUCGUCCCCUUUAUGUGCUGUUCUUUGAAAACAUUUUAAAUAUCCAUACUUUGUCAAAUCUUACGCAGAACAUUGUACAUUUUGUGUUGAAGGCCUUGAUUAAAAGGUGCUUUGUAAGUCUC